AUGGCCACAGGUACCAACAGCAGAACCGGGGUUUGGGUGCAGGCGUCCUCAAAAGUGUACUCCAUUCACAAAAGACGGCAUGGGUGUGAGGGAUUCGACUCUGGCGACCACAUGUGCCCAGAGAAGCCAUCUGGUGGAAAAUUGACCUCGAAGGAAGAAGAUGCGAGCAGUCAGUCGUUGUCAGCGCCUAACAAACGCACUGAGGAAGGCCGGCGUUCAUACAGGUCUUCAAUCUAUGUUAAUUUCGUACCGUAUUCUUUACAUACAUUUGAAAAGAGAGAGGUUUUUCUUACGAAGCAAGUUGGUUCUUUGCUACAGCGCUGUGUAAAUAUUGAACUGCCAGAUUCGAAUGCUCACGCAUCCAGGAGCACAAUUUUCAUCUACUGGUCGUCCAGUAGAACCGAGCAACCACUCAAAGAAAGCGAUGGCCAGUGCCGCGUCCCUGGAACAACGACCGGGUGCCCGAAGGGUGACGUAUCAGAAUUCACCAACGCAAGGGAUACUCGGUUUUCGGCCAAUUCAGUACUAGCUGCGCAACUGACCAAGAUAAACACGACUACAACAAAUCAUCGCGACGCUACACUAGAAGCAGGCGAAGACAAUAAGGCAGGAAAUAAUGCUGUCGACUUGAGAGAUGAAAUCGGCGGUUUCGGACAGGACUGGGCAAAUUUGUCGACAUCUGAGCGUAGAUUAUCGCCCAAGCUCGGCGUGGCGCCUGGCGACGCUGUUUUAACAAUGCACAAAGAGGAGUUUGGUAGGGCAUCUCUGGUGGAACGCCAGAUUGCAGGGCACGGAUUGGUAAUUAAGCAGCUACCUAUCUGUAACCUGAUAGGUGAGGCAGGCGAUUGCAUUGAACAACGAUAUGAAUACCCUCCACCAAGGGAGACAAGCCCGCAGUCUCCAUUUUUGUACUUGACGCUACCGAAUGUAGGAGGCGAAAGGCAUUCAUCCGUGGUCAGCCUAGGCAAACUGUUGGCGCUUUUCACAAGCCCUGGUGGCGUGUGUUCGUGGGGACCGAGGGUGAACCAUCAACAACACUUGGCCAAACCCCAGGCUGGGGGAUGCUUAACAACACAGGAUUUCCUUGUCAAUUUGGCCAAGCUUCAAAGGGCUUACGCCUGUACGGAGGAAAGCAUCAGCCAUAAUGUUGACAAGGCCACACAAACGGAAGCCAUGUUUAAAAUGGCGCCAACACAAGAAGGGAACAGGUUAAACAAGCACUGUCAGACAUCGCGUCAACACUGGCUCUCUGCAACAUGCAACACGAAACCAUUCAGAGGACAAGACCGGUCCGAUGGGAAGCAGCAUUCUGACUUGCCAUGCCACCGAUUUGUGCAUGGACAGGCUUCCAAAAGUGACUUGACCGAGCUCUGGGAGACGGCCACUUGCAGUGACACGUCCCUUGAAGCGGAUGCACACACGGCUGUGUCGCUCAGCGGUAAUGUUUCCACGUACUUCAAGAAUAUUUACCACCGAGCUGGCAGCAGAACAUGCCAUCAGACGAAGUACCGCCAUGUUAUGCAGCGUCUGCCCACGUGGCGAAUUUCCGAGCCAGAACAUUGCCAUGCGUCGCGCUACUUCCUGUUCCGUUUAAGUUCAAACAGGACUCACAAAUACCGACCACCGGGACGACUUUACUCUAACUUUAUGGCCCACCAGCCAGCACAGCUGUGCUCUCAAAUUGACGGGUCCACUGUGGCCAUUCUGGAGACCCCAAUCACGAAAUCAAUCAGAGGCCACACCAAGCAUCUCACGAUUACCUCAUGA